CGCAACAUUUUUUUUUUUUCCUGCUAAAUUUAUCUUUUUUUAGACAUUUCACACCGCCCGGGGUUGGAGAUGUCCGAGAACAAGCCGAACGACGAGCCGAAGUUAUCCACGACGGACAGGGUGGUGAAGUCUGUCCCUUUCCCCCUCAGUCACCGGCUGACAGCUAAAGAGGUGUUUGACGUUGAUGGAAAGCCCAAAGUGGAUGUGCUGAAAGCUCACCUAACCAAGGAGGGCCGUGUGGAGGAGUCUGUGGCCCUCAGGCUCAUAGGGGAGGGAGCUGCGAUCCUGCGUUCAGAGAAGAAUCUGCUGGACAUCGAGGCCCCCGUGACAGUUUGCGGAGACAUCCACGGCCAGUUCUUCGACCUCAUGAAGCUGUUUGAAGUGGGAGGAUCGCCGGCGUCCACGCGCUACCUUUUCCUGGGGGACUACGUUGACAGAGGGUAUUUCAGUAUUGAAUGUGUGCUGUACUUGUGGGCCUUAAAGAUCCUUUACCCCAAAACACUGUUUUUGCUGCGCGGGAACCACGAAUGCCGACAUUUAACCGAGUAUUUCACAUUUAAGCAGGAAUGUAGAAUUAAGUAUUCGGAGCGGGUGUAUGACGCGUGUAUGGACGCCUUCGACUGCCUUCCUCUGGCCGCGCUCAUGAACCAGCAGUUCCUGUGCGUGCACGGGGGACUAUCUCCAGAAAUCACAAAUCUCGACGACAUCAGGAAACUAGACAGAUUCAAGGAGCCCCCGGCGUAUGGGCCAAUGUGCGACCUGCUGUGGUCCGACCCUCUGGAGGACUUCGGAAACGAGAAGAGCCAAGAGCAUUUCACACACAACACAGUGAGAGGCUGCUCCUACUUCUACAGCUACCCUGCAGUCUGCGACUUUCUACAACACAAUAACUUAUUAUCCAUCAUCCGGGCCCACGAAGCGCAGGAUGCUGGAUAUCGCAUGUACAGAAAGAGUCAGACCACAGGGUUCCCGUCCCUUAUCACCAUCUUUUCAGCUCCAAACUAUCUAGAUGUCUACAACAACAAAGCGGCCGUGCUGAAGUACGAGAACAACGUGAUGAACAUCCGACAGUUCAACUGCUCACCUCACCCUUACUGGCUGCCCAACUUCAUGGACGUCUUCACCUGGUCUCUGCCUUUUGUUGGGGAGAAGGUGACUGAGAUGCUCGUGAACAUUUUGAGCAUUUGUUCCAACGACGAGCUGACGACCGACGAAGAGCUGGACGGACAGCUAAUAUACCCCCCCAAAAAAGGUGCCACAGCUUCGGCCCGUAAAGAAGUCAUCCGCAACAAGAUCCGUGCCAUUGGAAAGAUGGCCAGGGUGUUCUCAGUGCUCAGAGAGGAGAGCGAGAGCGUGCUGACGCUGAAGGGUCUGACCCCGACAGGCAUGCUGCCGAGCGGAGUGCUGUCCGGUGGCAAAGAGAAGCUGCAGAACGCUACUAUUGAAGCUAUUGAGGCUGACGAAGCCAUCAAAGGCUUCUCACCUCAACACAAGAUCACUAGCUUUGAGGAAGCCAAGGGUUUGGACCGCAUCAACGAGAGGAUGCCGCCACGGCGAGACGCUUUGCCCUUGGACUCCAGCCUCAACUCGUUCAACAAGGCGCUGUCGUCGGAGACCAACGGCACGGACGCUAAGGGGAGCACCAGCAGCGGCGGCAGCAACAUCCAGUGAAGGCCGGCGGCCGCAGGCGCCACCUCGGCCGACGGGGCUGCCUGGCCCCCCCAGCCUCAUCACAGCACGCCACUUUGCUGAAAAGGGGCAGGGGGUGAAAGAAAGGGGGAGGGCUAGAGUGUGGAUUGGGGAGGCAACUAUUGAAACUGGGUGGACAUGUCACUUGCUAGUCUUUGGAAUUGCCUUCAUUAUUUUAGUUUCUAGUCAAAUCUGCGACGUUAUUGCCAGGUCACAUUUCUGCAGUCACGCAUUAAAGGCGCCUGACUGUGAACCACAUCACACUUCGAAAGAAACAGGAAAGAAAGACCGACUUUAGAGUUAAAGGAUUAUUUUUUUUCCUCAAAAGACCCUCGCUCACUUACACCGAAAUGGAAAGUCGUAUAACUUCUUACUAACAUGUACGUUUACAAAAACACAGCACUAAAAGGACAGAACAUGAGAUAAUGUUUUUAAGGGUGUACAAACUAAAUAAGGACUAUUUAUUGAUAACUUUUGUUUUUGCUACUCUUAUGAAAUAGCUCUGAAAUUAAUUAGGCAGUCUUAAAAGGAAUGUUGCAAUGUUGUCGAAAUGCCAAAUAACGGAACGUUUUAUGGUUUUGUACAUAUUCUGCUUACCUCAGGUUCUUUUGGUGUGUGCUUUGACCUGAUUUUUUUCUGUAUAAUGGUUAAAUAACUGUAAUGAAUACCUAUUUUCUUGAGUUUCAUAACUGGAAUUUACACUUACCUAUCUAUCAUUUGCAAAUAUGUUUAUUUUACGUCUCCUUUUGGAAGGGAAUGGGGGGGUAGAUUUUAUUGUGGCUUGCUGGAACUGAGUGUUAAUUUUUCUCUUUUUAAGUAUUGCGAACAAAGUAAAAAUAGAGAUCUUAUAUUGUGUAAAAAAAAAAAGAAGAAUAUAUUAAAGUGUCUGCCUAUGCAUGUUUUAUAAAAAUCAAAGACAUUAGAAAAUCUGAAUACCUUUGGCUGUGAAGGCCUGUUUUGAGAUAUAUUGCGCUUUAGUGAACAUAUACUGGAAACGUAUACUUGCAUACUGUCAAUUAACACCAUGAUGCUCUAUGCCUUCAACUCCUUUUGUAAUUGAAGCAUUUAAUUAUUUAAGAUGGAUGAGAAAUCUUAUUUUUAACCUGCGCUUGUAAGUGCACACAGUCCAGUUAAGCAUGUUUGACAAUUCUUGUGAGGUGUGUGAUUACAUGUGGAACUCCAAAAUGCAUGAUUAGCUGUUUGUGUCAUAUACCAGGUGAAUCAGUUUUCGUUUUGUAAAUGUGCCACAGAAAGUGUAAUUUGAUUCCUAUUAUACCAUUAUUUGGAACUCUGCUUUGUAUAUCAGUUACAGGUUUGAUACUGCUCAAUACUUUAAGAUGAAACUAAAAAAUAUACUUAGGUCUUUUUUAAGGACUGCUUUAAGUGCCCGAGUAAUUCACUACACGACAUGAAGCCUUGCUUUUGUAAUUUAACUUCAGAACUGUUGGCAGAUGAGGCAUGCACUUGCAACUAUGAGAAGUAUUUUAUAUAACUGUUCAAUAAAAAUGUGCAUGAAUUU